AUGGCUUACGAAUCUUCUGCAACUCGAGAGCUCCUCUUGGAGUCGCUCAAGGGAAUGACCCUUGCUAUUCCAGAUCUGAAAGCCAUGAUUGCGCACUGGCCUGCGAGUGUCAACUUGCAUAAGAACUUGUUGAGGGACGAAGUGCAUGAAAGGUUCGAAAGAUUGUUUCCACCAGGCAAACGAUUGCAGAAGAUGAAGCUCGCAGAUGCAGCAUUGUUUGGCUCAUCUUGGUGGCCAUAUGCUUCGUUUGAAGAUCUUUGCGUGGUCACGCAUCUCUCGACAUGGCUCUUUGCCUGGGACGAUGAGCUCGACUCCGCGGAAUAUUCGAAUCUGAUCAAUGAUAUGGACCAAGCAACGACCUUUCGAGAAUACACAAUCCGGUACAUCCGGGCAUGUCUCAAUCAGGAUUAUGGUGAGCCCAUCGCCUUAGACAGCCCCAUAAUCACAGACAUAACGCGUGUCUGCGAAGCGGUGCGGCAGGGAUACCCACCAGAGAAAACACAAAUAUUCCUUAAUGAGCUGGUCUACUUUGUUGAGUCGUGCCAGCUCGAGCAGCAGAACCAAGUCGAAGGCCAUUUGCCAACAGCCCAGGAGUAUCUUCAGCGUCGCAUGGGCUCGGGAGCGGUUCGCGUAUGUCUGGCACUAUCGGAAUUUGCUUGCAGAAUAGUACUUCCAAGCGAGAUCAUGGCAGAUCCAGACAUGACUACCAUCUGGGACGCCACAAACAUCGUCAUAUGCAUUAUGAACGACAUUCUUUCCUUCAAGAAAGAACUCGCCCAAGGCCAGGUCGACUCCAUUCUACCGGUACUUUUCGCGGAGCAUGGCUCCAUGGAUACAGCUAUGAGCAUUGCAGCGAGCCUCAUUGUACAGUCCAUCCGGAGCGUAGAUGAUGCAGCCGAGCGACUUCUCCAGCGGCACGGGGAAGACUUGAUCCUCCGACGGGAUCUGGGAGAUUUCAUUGACAGCUGCAAAUAUGCUUGUACAGGGAACCUGAAUUGGAGCCUUGUGUCUGGUCGGUUCCAAAUUUGUCAGACGACGACAACGGACGGAAUUCUUGUGACGCUUGCGAGUUAG